UCUUAUACAGCAAGAACAGUAGACUUGGCGCCUAUAUCUUUUGAUUCUUCAGCACUCUUUCUCUACAUUCACAAACUUAAAAUAAAACCCUCUCUCUCUUUCUCUCCCUCAACUCAGAAAUCGAAUCCUACACAUUCAUACGUACACACACAUUGAGAAUACAACAAUGGGUUCAAGUAGCGGAGAAGAAAGGUCCGAAAUCGUAUUCUUCGACGUGGAGACCAUCCGACGCGGCCAAAGGUCCGCCUUGUUGGAAUUCGGGGCCAUCCUGGUUUGCCCUAGAAAGCUCGUCGAGCUCGACAGCUUCGCCACCUUGGUCAGACCAGCUGAUCUCUCUUUCAUCUCCACUAUGUAUCCACGCAGCAAUGGUAUCACUCCCGACGCCGUCGUUUCCGCCCCUACCUUCCUCCAAAUCUCCGAUCGCGUUUACGACCUUCUCCACGGACGGAUUUGGGCAGGUCAUAAUAUACUAAGAUUCGAUUGUGCAAAGAUAAGAGAAGCAUUUGUGGAGAUUGGUAAGCCCGCACCUGAGCCUAAGGGUGCUAUUGAUUCAUUGCAAUUGUUGACACAGAAAUUUGGAAGGAGAGCUGGUGACAUGAAGAUGGCCACUCUUGCAACUUAUUUUGGGCUUGGAGAACAGACACACAGGAGCUUGGAUGAUGUUCGGAUGAAUCUUGAAGUUCUCAAGUAUUGUGCAACUGUUUUGUUCUUGGAGUCAAGCCUUUGCAUCACAGCAGAGGAGGUUGAGCCUAAUACAGCUCAACGAAAUCCUUUUGACAUGGGCCAGCUUAGCAAUGAAAUGGAGGAGUCGUAUGAGCUGUCUUCCACAGAGUCUUCCGAGAUGUAUUCUGUAGAGUCUUCUGCAGUUGCUGUCUCUGAUGGUCGCAGUGACUUAGCAGGGUUUUUAGAGCCUAACGAAGUUCUUAUUCCUUCUAUCUGCGCAUCUUUUGUUACAUUUAGUCAAAGAAUACAAUUAUUUCAUGAAGGUUUCAUUUUGCGGCUUUGUUGUAGUCAUUUGGAAGUGCGGUUUGGAAUAAGUAAAAACUUUCUUGAUCAUGCUGGCCGGCCUCGGUUGAACUUUGUGGUUAACGCCCCAGAGAGUUUAUGUAAGGUUCUCGAUGCAUGUGAUCGUAUUGCACGGAAGUUGUCCUCGGAUUUGGUUAGCAGCUCUGAAUGGUGGCCUGUUGUGAUUAGGAAAGAUGGCUUUGUCAACAACCCUACAGUGAGGCUGCACAUUCCAUAUACCAUAUCUGGAGAUAAUCCAUACCAAACAGAGAUGUAUCAAAAAGAUUCAGGCGGCAUGCAAAAGCUCGUGUUCAGUAAAUAUGAUGCAGCAGAGCUUGAUUCCUUGUUCACUCCCGGUACCUUUGUGGAUGCAUUCUUUUCUAUAGAUCCAUAUGACUAUCAGCAGAGUGCAGGCAUUCGUUUGGUGGCAAAAAAAUUGAUUAUCCAUUCUUGAUGAGAGAAGACGAUCUCUAAUUUGCUCAAUAGGACCAGUUUGCUCUGUAAAUUUGUAAUGUUGGUCCGAAUAGAGUAACAUAAAGAAAGAAAAUUUUUUUAAUGUUAGGAUGGA